AUGAUGCUAUUACCUACGGCAGCGAUCAUGUGCGGUGUCGUUGCAACAGGGUUCGUCAGCGCCUUUGAGAUGCGUGUGGAAUCCAUGGUUCAAGCAGACGAAUCAGAAAACACCAAACAGCAUUGCUUAGUAUUUGAAGACCACUUUAAUCGACUUGAUCUCAGCAAAUGGCAACAUGAAAUUACCAUGAGUGGAGGUGGCAAUUGGGAAUUCGAAUGGUACACAAAUAAUCGAUCCAACAGCUUUGUGGAGGAUGGUAUCUUGUACAUCAAGCCCACGUUGACCGCUGAUGCAAUCGGACAUAAUGAAUUGAUGCAAGGAGGAUAUUUAAAUUUAUGGUCAGGGGAACCAUCAAUGAGCUGCACAGAUAAUUCAAACUAUGGUUGUGAGCGACUAGCUGGUGCAGGUGGCAAUUACUUGAACCCCAUUCAAUCAGCACGAUUGAGGACAAUCAAUUCUGCAGCUAUCCGAUAUGGUAAGGUGGAGGUCCGUGCACGACUACCCGAAGGUGACUGGCUGUGGCCUGCUAUCUGGAUGAUGCCCAAAUAUUCAAACUACGGUCUUUGGCCUGCAAGUGGUGAGAUUGACAUUAUGGAAUCACGUGGCAAUAGGAAUUAUCCUCUUGGCGGUAUCAGUAACGUGGCAUCGACUCUUCACUGGGGCGUACAUUAUACAAUGAAUCGAUACAACAUGACACGUGCUGAAGCUAUUCUCGAGGAUGGGACUACAUUUGCUGAUGAUUUCCACACAUACGGAUUGGAAUGGAAUGAGGAUGGCCUUCGAACUUACAUUGAUGGAAAGACUGUUCUAUUGGUCGACUUUGAUCAAAGCUUUUGGGAUCGUGGUGAAUUCCCGGGUUGGUCAAUGAAUCCUUGGAAAUCGGGUGAUAUCGGUGCACCAUUUGAUCAAGAGUUCUAUUUGGUCUUGAAUCUUGCUGUAGGAGGUGUUAAUGGGUAUUGGCCUGAUGGACAUGGCAAACCCUGGCAAAACGAUGAUCCUCAUGCCGUCAAUGCUUUUUGGGAUAGCCGAGACCAAUGGCUUCCGACAUGGGGCGAGGGCAACAAACGAGCGUUAGCAGUAGAUUGGGUUAAGAUGUGGAGUGCAGACACUGAAUGUUAG